CCCAGUUUACGUCAGUGAGGAAGGAGACGGGGAAGCUGGAGACUGGACUCAAUGGUUUCUAACUACAACAACUUUAACCAGCUACUAAAUGGACGAGAAUCAGAUCAGGAGAUCAGGUGCAGCAUUGGUCUGGCAUACCUGUUCUUCUACAAUCUGCUCCAGUUUUGUGGACAUACUUGGAUCUUUUCCAACAUGACUGCCAGAUUUCUCUCUUUUGGAUUGGAUGCUUUAGCUGGCACGUUCUAUUUUGUGGGAGUGAUGAUGAGUGUGUGCCAGCUUUUGUCAAUACUGGAGCUUUUCCACAUUGCAGAUGAGAUUGAAGAGAACAGACUUCUUCCACGCUUUGUACAGGUGGUGGAGAGAAAUUUCCUGUUGUUUCUGCUCAUCAGUCAGAGUGAAAUUCAGAGUAAACCAAUAGUGUGUGUGCUGUUCUAUCUGUGGAAUACUUUAGGUUUAUUAAGGUACCCUUACCAGCUGCUGUGUCUGAUCAGCACGCCAUCUUUCAAUAUGCUAUGGGUGCGCCACACCAUCUACAUCCCAGUCUACAUACUGUCUGUGAUAACAGAAGAUAUUGGCAAUAUAAACUAUAUUAAUUACUAUAUGGAGGACACCAGGAGAGAGCUGGCUAACAGGCAGCUGGUGCUAGACAUAAAGGAGUCAGUAUUUUACAGGCACUGCCAUACUGUGAAACCCAGGAGACUGUCCAGCAAACAGCACCAGUUUCUACCUAUGCACUUUUUCCAUAUGUGCUCAUGACUUACCUCCCACUUCUAGUUGCAGGUUCUGCUGUGACUGUGCGAAUCUUACUCAAAGUGAGAAAACAGUCUCUUGACAAAUGGAAAAAGAAAAUGAUUUGACCAAAGAUAU